UGAGGAUCCAGGGAUUACUGACUGAGUGAGGCUCCCAGGGAUUACUGACUGAGUGAGACUCCCUGGGAUUACUGACUGAGUGAGACUCCCAGGAUUACUGACUGAGGAUCUCAGUCUCUGCUCAUUGAGUGAGGAUCUCAGGAUUACUGACUCAGUGAGAAUCCCAGGCUGUGCUGUGUAAGGAAGACUUUGCCCCUGGAACAGAAUCCAGAGAAUUAAAACAGGAACUGUGAAGACUGCAUGACGUGGUAACCCAUGGUUGUCGCUCGCCCAGGAUCCCUUUUGGGUCAGUUAGAACUUCGUGUUUGCCUGGACCCAUCUACUAGGUCAAUGUCUCCUGAGAAGAAAAUAGAAGAGGAUAGUGGGUGGGAGCCCCCAUGUGAGGAGCUAGAGGGGGAUUCCUUAUCCUCAGAGGGUGGAAGGACCACAGAUAGCACAGAUGAAGAAGAGACCAGCAGCACAGAGAGUGCCCGCGCUCAGCAGGAAGAUGUGGUCAGGAUUCCGGUCCAGAUGCAGCUCGAAAUUGAGCAGAUGAAAGUUAUAGGUCGGAUUUCACAGCUGGAGCAGGAAAUCAGAGAGCUGCAGCUACAGCGGCGUGAGCUCACUAUUGAGGUGGAAAUGGAGGUGGCUUUGCUGGAAGGAGAGCUGAGGACCGAAAGGAAGAAGAUGGAACAGGAUGAGGCACUGAUACAGUCUUUACAUGAGCAAUUGAGACAGACGGAGGGGAGGUGGCAGGAAGAAAAAGAAAAGGAUAAGCUACGGUUGCAUGAUGAGAAGAAGAAAGUGCGGGAUCUUGAGAAGAAGAUCGCAGAGUGUCGUGCGCAGCUGGACAAACAACCAGAGAGUUUACGGGAACAACUACGGAAGCAGAUACAGGAGAUGACUGAGUCUACGGAAUUAGCUGUGAAAUCUUUUGAGGACCUGGAGUUCCAGCAGCUGGAGACAGAGAGUGGCCGAGAGGAGGAACACGAAGCUGCAUACAGACAGAUCUCACAAAACAUAUCCAAGCAACAAAAUGAGCUUAACCGAAGGAAGGACAAAGUUUUGCGCCUAGAAGAACAGAUAAAGGGCGCGGAGGAGCAAGCCGUGGCAGAGAGACAAAAGCUUCGUGAGCAAAAUGCCCAAGUCUUUCAGUCUCUAAAUCAGGAGAAGAAUCGAUUGCUGGCACUUGGAACCAAAGACACUGAUCAAAAGGAAAAGGUGGAAAGCCCUCUGAGAAAGGGACUCCAGAGAACCUCCAGCUUGCCACGAAGACGAGGAAAUGCCCAGUUUGUCCGGCCUACCGACCGUCCAGUUUCUAUUCACAGCAGCACAUGUUUGCAGAGCGUUGGUCUUGCGUUAAAUCUUGCCGUGUCCUCUCAAAGCACGGCUGGUAAAAUCGGCCUGUCUCUCAGCCCCAGUCUUCAGAGCGCUCGCAGCCGUAAUAUCCAAGGGGAAGAGAGGAGAACAUCAAACGAAGCGAAAACCCCAAAUUGUCCCCCCAAAUCUUCACUGACCAAUGGAUCCAUGCCUAAAAUAGCUGAGAUUGAACGCCAGUUGCGGGAGGCCAUGGCAGAGAAAGAGCGCCUUCUAAAGGCCAGGGAGGAGAAAAGGGUCGCUAGAGAGAUAACACAGCAUUUGGAGAUGAAUCCAAAAACUGUGAAGGAUGAAAUGCCGGUGGCUACCCCAGCUGUGGUACAACCUGUCCUGACUGAGACUACCAAGGUUAAAGUUCCCCCAUCUUCUAGUUCUAAGCCACCUUUGGAUCUCCGAGCUUAUCUGGAAGCCUCGGGUCACAGCGUAGAGACCUGCCCACAGGUGAGGGUCUCUGCCAUGUGCUGCCGAGGGUACCUGGUGAAGAUGGGAGGACGCAUAAAGACCUGGAAGAAACGUUGGUUUGUAUUUGACAGACAGAAGAGGCGUUUGGCAUAUUAUUCAGAUAAAGAAGAACAGAAACUAAAAGGGGUGAUAUAUUUCCAAGCUAUUGAAGAAGUUUAUUACGAUCACUUGAGGAGCGCUUUCAAGAGCCCACAUCCGAAACUGACAUUUUGUUUGAAGACCUUUGAACGUCUGUUCUACAUGGUUGCACCAACGCCAGAAGCCAUGAGAAUCUGGAUGGAUGUUAUGGUAACAGCGGCUGAGGAAAACUCUCGAUAUUAAUGGACAAAUUCAUUAUGUAAUUAGAGACAAGAGGGUGUUUUCAAGAAGAAGAGGAAAUGAAAGGAUGAAAUCACUUAAGACAAGAAAGAAUUGUGAUUUCAAAUAGUGAUUACGUUCGUGAUGGAGCAGAUCGAGAAGAAAAGUUGUGCUCGAAGGACAUUGAUGCUACGUCAUUAUCAACAAUAUGUGAUGAUCUGUGAGAUUUUGUAAUUGCAAAUAUUUUUAUAUUUUUAGACACCGUCCACAUUUACAUCAUAUUCUCAUUUUCUCGGUCUGGAAUUUUUGUUUUAAAGAGGGUUAAAUAAUAUACACUAUUAUACUACUUACAAGUGUAAAAUGUCAUUAAGAUUAUAAAUCGCUUUGGACUGCUAAUGCCAAAACCUACUUCUAUGUGCAAAUUGUGUACUCCACAAGGAACAUGAAUUGCGUUAAUGGUGUACGACAUGUACGUGUAGAAAUCAAUUACUGAUGCCCGGAUUGUAGAAUACUAUCUUUUAGUGGCCAUAAAUGUAGAUAAUGGUCAUUGACAUAGCUAUUUGAACACUUGCAAAGGCCAUGGAUUUACAAGACUGUAAUUAAUAAAAGGAUUUCAGCAAGGUACCGUGGCUGGGUGGACAUGGCCACAGUCAUUCUUCUUAUUACAUGAUCAAGAUAUAUCACGUGUGGAUCACACUUUAAUAACUAUGCAGAGGUUGAAUUUGGUUCUAAUUUUUUUUUUUUAAAUGUCUGGCAACCUGAAGAUAAAAGGACAUUCUAGACAUAUGUACCCAGUAAUGGCACAUGCCGGCAGUCGAGCAAUAAACUUGGAUCAUAACUUCGGUGACCAGCAGUUUGGGAAAUCCUGGGGUUAUCAACGAGAGGUCAGACUGCUGAUGUAUUGAGAGAACGGCCAUGAUUUUUAUCAUAUACAAAUCCAAUUAUGUGCUUAUUAUUGGCCUGGACUCUUUACUGAUGGAAGAAACGAAUCUCUUGGAACCUAUACGAAAGUUAAAUAUUAUGUGCAAUACUUUAUUUUCUUUUUAAUUUAACUUUUGACAGUGUGUUAUGCCUGCAGGACUAUUUAAUGAUUUACAUAAUGUUUUCUGUUACCUGUAUGACUUGUUUUCAACCUCAAGUGUAAUUUUAGGCCAACCUCUAUGUGCUCUUAUAUAAAGGUGGGUGUAUUCAUCCUAACACAUGCAUCCUAAAUAAAUGUGCCUAUGCGUUAGACAAAGCUUAUGUGGAUUGUUUUGUAUUCUUACGGGGUUAUAUAUUAAAGUGAGACUUGUCAGAAGUUAUUAGUGAACUCAGAGGGGAUUCCAAAUUUUAGGGUAGACUAGUUGAGCUCGAAUCAUUCUCCAGUUCAAUUAUGUUUCAGUUCAGCUGCUUUGGCCUAGAAUUUGAAAUUCACUUUGCAUGCCUGAUUAUUCCAGUUUAUUGAAUAACCCUGCUUGCAUGACAAGGGACCUCAAACGAUGCAGGAUUCAGAACCCCUGCCUUAAACACUUAAAGUAAAUAUAGAAUUUGUGCAGCCAUUACUAAAUUAUUUUAAAGUGUAACCAGUUUUUGAAUUUUAUAAAAGUCAGACUAUUUCCGAUUUGGUUUACUAGUCUUGAUGAUGUUUAUUUUUUUUGUUUAUAGUCCUCAUAUUCCGAACAGUCUGUUUACAUACCAUUUGUAUGUUGAUCUCACAGCUUUAUACACUGGUUAUUGGGUUUGUUUAAUAUACCGUAUUCUGUAAACUGGGUAUUGUGUAGAAUUAUCAAAAUAAUGUCAAUUUGUAGGCAGAGCUAGCAAAUUAUCUGUUUUGGGGAAAAAAAAAAAAAUUAAAUUCAGUUGCUUGGGCCUAAACUUUGCAUUUGACAAUUAUCCAUAAUUUCAGUUUUAAUAAAUUUCGGUGAGUUCACUCGUAACCCGUUUCUGAUUGAAAAGGUAUGUGACACAUUCUUUAAACCUACAAUCUCCUGUGUCUUCAUUCUUAUACAAUAUGUCCGCUGCCUAAAAUCCCCCUGCUCCGUCCAAUAGAUCCCAGGGUUAGAGUGUAAGGGUAGAAGCACGCCUCCCAGUUACCCUAGGGGUCAAGGAUCCUGGUUAAUUAUCACAGAAUCCUGGCACCGGUGGUCCACUAACUGAGCAUCCUCGGGUGAUGUAGUCUAUGGGCAAAGUAUCAUGCUAUCUGUGGUCCUCAAGGUCUGCAUUGCUAACAGUUGCUUGUUUUUGGUAGAGAACAUCGUUUGCAAAGAAGUGGUUGACUUGUGUUUUAGGAACAGAUAAGAACCAUUUUGUAC